UUUCCCGGUGGAAGUUGAUGUGUGUCUGUCUCGGGGUGAUGUUGUGUAUUUAGAUUACGGGAUUGUGAUUUUUCAUGUUUUGUGUGAAAAUACCGUUUGUUUUUGCAUGACUGUUGAAUAGGUGUGCAUAAUUGUGCUUUAUAGCCAUACUUCCUGGACAUGAACACUGGCAACUUCCCACCAAAUACUUUUUUUCGAAUGUUUAAGUGAAAAUAUAAGAUCAACAACUGGUUAAAAUUUUAUUCUUCAUAAAAUGAAACAUUCGUAAGGUGGUCCUUCGUUUCACAUUCUACGUUUCUCCGAAUUAGUAGCUAGUUCUUUCAAUCUCAAGGCUUUCUACGAAGACAACAGUAGUGCUCUUUCGGGACAGAAACAUUAAGAUGUCCCGGCUUUCUCAUCAAUUUUACACCGUGGAGGUGGGAGAUACAAAGUUUACCAUUUUGAAAAGGUACCAAAACUUGAAACCAAUUGGAUCAGGUGCUCAAGGUAUAGUUUGUGCUGCCGUAGACACGCUCACGCAACAAAAUGUGGCGAUAAAAAAGUUAAGUAGGCCAUUCCAAAACGUCACGCACGCCAAGAGGGCGUACAGAGAAUUCAAGCUCAUGAAAUUAGUUAAUCAUAAAAACAUUAUUGGGUUACUGAAUGCAUUCACUCCCCAAAAGUCUUUAGAAGAGUUCCAAGAUGUGUAUUUAGUAAUGGAACUGAUGGACGCUAACUUGUGUCAAGUAAUUCAAAUGGACUUGGAUCACGAACGCAUGAGUUAUCUUCUCUAUCAAAUGCUAUGUGGUAUCAAACAUCUACACUCCGCUGGAAUAAUUCAUAGGGAUUUAAAGCCGAGCAAUAUAGUUGUAAAGUCAGACUGCACGCUUAAAAUCUUAGACUUUGGACUGGCUCGGACAGCGGGUACGACAUUCAUGAUGACACCGUAUGUUGUAACUCGAUAUUACAGAGCCCCGGAGGUUAUUUUGGGUAUGGGCUAUACAGAAAACGUAGAUAUUUGGUCUGUGGGUUGUAUUAUGGGUGAGAUGAUAAGAGGUGGGGUUCUUUUCCCUGGAAGCGACCAUAUAGACCAGUGGAAUAAAAUUAUAGAACAAUUAGGUACUCCUUCCCCGCAAUUUAUGGCGAAAUUACAACCGACUGUUAGAAAUUAUGUCGAAAACAGGCCAAAAUAUGCGGGUUUUCCAUUCGAGAAGCUCUUUCCCGAUUUACUGUUUCCUUCGGAUAGUAGUGAACACAAUCGACUAAAAGCAAGCCAGGCAAGAGACCUACUCUCCAAAAUGCUCGUUAUCGAUCCACAAAAUCGAAUAUCUGUGGAUGAUGCUCUCAUACAUCCAUACAUCAACGUAUGGUACGACGAGGCAGAAGUGAACGCCCCGGCACCAGGUCCUUACGACCAUAGCGUCGAUGAGCGGGAGCACACCGUUGAUCAGUGGAAGGAACUGAUCUACCAGGAAGUGAUGGAAUACGAAAACUCCCACGGAAACAAUGGGAGACCGUCGUCAAGUUCGCAAGCUAGUCCUGCAUCUAAUUCUACUGAGCCCAAUGGUACAGAAUCAUUACGGUAGAGCAGGAUUUAACAACAAUACUUUCACUUCAUUAAACCUAGUCGACAACCGUUGAAGUUGUACCAGAGCCAUUUUAGUUAUUUCCUAUGUUUAGCGGCAACACGACGACGAUAUUAUUGUGUUGUUAAAAUACAUACAUAAUAUUUUAGCGAAGCAAACAUUAUUUUAUAGAUACGGGUUAUUUUUUACGAACACGACGCGCGCGUAUAUAAAUAAUAUAUUAUUAUGUACGUAUGUAUGUACUCUGUACAUCAUCAUCUCUCCUUUCGGUGUAUGUGAUAGAACGGACCGAGGGGUUUAGAACACUUGAUAUCGGUCGAUAAGAAAAGUUAAGAAAAAUUUUUGUAGCGCAUAAAUAUGGAGAAGAAAAAGAACGAACGUGUAUGUAAUCGUCAACUGUGACUGCAAAAGAUCCUCUUCGAAAAUUUAGGAUCCCAGGUUCCCAUAAAUCGUUUAACGGAGAAAUUGUGUGUGGCGUCUAGUAAUUUAUUAUCACCAUUAUUAUAAUUAUUAUUAUAUAAUAUGUAAUAGUUAAAUCAUCGGUAUGAGUUUUGUCCUAUUUUCAUUUUGCACAGGUUGUGUUUUUACAAGUUUACGAUACUCAAAAUAGUAAACAAAUACAGUGUUAAAAAUUAGCAGCUGGUGGUUGUCUGAUUAAAGCGCUCAUAAUGGUUUUCAAAUCCCAAAAUCAAGAAUGAUUCCGAAAUCAAAAUAAUGUUUCAGUACAGAAAAUUUAUUUCAAAUCAAUAACAAGAUAAGAGUCUUUUGAAGAUCGAGUAUUUUUAUUUAAAUUUUAAUAGUUAUGGUAUUUAUAAAAUCCCGGGAUCACAUUUUUUUGGUGUAAGUCCCGAGACAAUCCCAGGACCAAAUUUCGGUACUGGAAAUUUUAAUUUUUAUGUUCUUUUUUUUUUCUUAGUGUUUAUUACAUACUAGGAAACACUAUUUUGGUUCUUUCGUUGGAGAAUUUCAAAAUAGAAGUGUUUAUUAUGAGGUAUGAUACAAAUAAAACAUGAAAGUUUCACUCCUAAAUCAAAAAAUAUAUUAUUAUUAUAACACUGAAAAUAUUAUUUUAUAACUUUCAAACCGUUGGUAUUAGACACCUCGUUUUUUCCUAAUAUGUGCGUUGAUUAGAAACAAGAACAAUAAAUACUAAGAAGCAAUAGUUUUUAACACUGUAGAAGUCAACAGGUGUGCAUUUUAUACAUUAGUGAUAUUAAUAUGAAAAAUAAGUUGGCAAAACUGAAAAACUAUGCGCGUUCGCACUGCUAUUUUUAACAAUACAAAGCAUUUGAAAGACUGAUAAAACUAGGAAACAAUAAUCGUGUUGUUCGUGGCAAUCUUACCAACUAUUAUAGCAGGGAUAAAUGUGUUUUGAAUAUAGAGCACGUGAGGUACAUAUUAAUGUGUAAGUAGAGUCGUUAAAAGAUUUUUACGAAAACUAAUGAAUGAGGUCAUUUCUGUUUAAUUUCUAUGGCAAUCAUUUAUGCAAGUUGCACUCAUAGAGAUAAUAUAAUACAGUAGGAAAAACAUGUCCAAGGAAAGAGAUGAAAAAGUGAUGUUUGUUUAAUGUGCAUGUACAUUGAAAGCUUUAUACUAACACUUGGGAUUGAUCUAUACAGCUAUCAACCGUGCAUGCUCAAAAUAAAGAAAUAUAGAAAAUGCAUAUUUUUCUGUUUCUUUCUGUUGGGGAAAAACAUGGUCGGUAGACUUGCCUGCUUUAUUGUAUUAUGCCUAUGGUUGUACAACGCAAUGAGCAUGCGCAAAAAGAAAGAGCCUCGUUCAUUUCUUCACCCUUUCAGCUCGAUUGCGUGCUCUAUUUAUACAUCUGUGCUGUUAAAAUUAAAUCUUUUUUAUUACUUAAAAAUUAAUGUAUGUAUACUUAUUUGUUUUUGUAAUAAACAGAAAAUGAAAAAGUUCCUAUGUAAACUUUGUAAUAUUGUUUUGGUACAUUUGAUUAGUUGCUGCAAUGUCCUACUUAUAUAUAAUGUUCACAAUUUUCUGUUUAUAUUUCUUUUUUAGUUUUGCCAACUCUUUUUGUUGUUAUGUUUACCGUGCACAUCAACCCAUUUUCGUUGCAAUAUAUUAGUAAAUAAAAAGGGAAAACUUUAAAAAGUGAAACCAAAUAAAACAGCAAUAUUUGUUUGCUUUAAGGAUUGUAGCAGGAUAUUGUGUACUUCUUAUUUUCAGUGUACGUAAAAUUAUUCAUUAGAUUAGGAUUAGAUAAAAAAAAAAGUACUAUCAUAAUAACAGUAAUUAGUAAUCUAAAUUGUAAACGACAUACCUGUAAUUUGUAACGGUAAAACUCCAUCCAAAAAUGUAGCGAGUAUGAGAGAAAAAAGGCAAAUAGUACUAAACAUUGUGUACAGAUUUGAUUCAACUUAAAGCUUUUUCUCUAUGGAAAUUGAUUGUAUAUUUUGUAUGUAACUGAUUUAGUUAUCCACGUAAACUGUAAAGUUCGUAAAGGCUAUUGUUGGUUAGUAUGUACGGUAAAUUUUUCGUAGGUUAAAUUGAGUUCUAUAAUUUUGCUCUAAGUUAUCCUGCUGCGAAUAAUAAUUGGACUCCAUAUAAGAUCUCAAUAAGAAACAGUUUUUGAGGAAAAAAAUAUCGACACUGAAUUUUCGACAGUCAUCUCUACCCCUCUACCCAUUUGAAACUCGAUUUAGUCUGAAGAAAAUACGUCAUAGUUACCUGGCAAUAGCCUUGCAAUUUCUUUACAGCUGUAUUAAUUUUUAAAGGAGACGUUUUGGAUGUUCAAAUUGAAAUUACCAAUGAAUGAUAUUAUGUUUGUUUUUCACCAGAAAAAGAAAUUUUAUGUAACAUUUGUGGUUGUUAAAAAACAAUUUUUGUCUAUAUUCAUCGUCAAUAUUGAACUUCUUUUCUACAGAUUAACAAAAAUUGGUAUAUAUAUAUAUAUUUUUUUUUUUGAAAGAAUAAGAUGCAAUUAUUACAUUUCG